CACAAGCCUGUCACACAGGCAGCAUGUAUUGCAGGGAUUUUUUCAGUUCAAAUUGAUAAGCCAAUUCGACUGGUAAGAAUCCUAUAGAUCAGUCAGUCAUGUGGGAAAACAAUAAAUGCAAUUAAAGACACUUAAAUAAAGUUAAGUUUUAAUUAAUUGCUGAAUACCGAAGAAUUCUCAUAAAAAUAGCUCAGUGUUUUUACAUGUUGUUUGGAUUGUGUUCAGGUAAGGGUUUUUAUUAUAUUUAUUAUAUUGACUGAAUUGUGUUAAAUAUCGGUAAAGUGGUGAAAUGAAAGCACUGUUUCCAACUUUACAAAGCUAGACAAAUCCUUUUCAAAGAAAAGCAAACGAUCUUGUUUGUUUAUGAAAAGAGAAGAAGGCCAAAGAUCUUCGUAAUUUACUUCUACCAAAAAAAUUGAAGAAAAUUCGUACUACAGCUUUAGCAUGGAGAUGCUUGAGCCUAAUGAAAUCGAAAUAGCAGAGAAAGCAGUAUUAUAUCAUAUAAUAGUCAUUGCAGAAAUAAGUAAAUUUAACUUAAAUGAAUUAUUUACAAUUCUCUCGGUCACACAUCUUGUACAUGGUACCUCGAGACUGCUCCUAUGAGAAAACCCAACUGAGUCAUCACCCUGACUGCUUCCCUGAGAAGAAAAAAUCCCAAGCUGACUCGUCUUUUACGAAUGAACUUCAAAGGAGUGCUUUAGCAGAAAAAUCAUUGCGACGAUAAUCAGUUACGAUUAUUAUUAGUGAUCGUAAAAACUAGAGAGAUUUCAAGAUUCCCUAUUUCAAGAUUCACUUCAGAACUGUGCGAAAUUAUUCAACCCAAUUAACAGUUGUCCCUGAUCUUACAUAAACUUGAAGAUCUAUCCGAUGCAAUGCCAUAUGUGAAGUCUGUAAUGUAUAAUGUGAAGACUAGUGUAUUAAUUCAUACAUACAACAAACGCAGGGAUUAGUUCCUUUGAAAUGGAUGGCAAUAGAGUCAAUAAAAGAAUCUUUAUACACAGAAAAAAGUGACAUAUGGUCCUUUGGGAUAGUACUUUGGGAGCUGUUUACGUUGGGAGGAACUCCAUAUCUAGGAAUACCUGAUUCCGAAGUGUACAAAAUUUUGCUAAGUUGGAAACGUAUGGAGCCACCUAUUCAUUGCUCUGAAGAAAUGUCUUACCUGAUGAUGAAAUGUUGGAAUGAAAACCCAGAGUUGAGACCUACAUUUUUGGAGGUGAAAGAUAGGUUUGAUGUUCUCAUUUCGAGCAACAAGAAACUAAAUCUUGAUGAAAAAAUCUAUGUCAAUGAAAACAUUAUUAAAAACGAAAAGAAAGAAAAUUUUUCUUGCAAAGGAGUAAAGCCACAGAGAUCACUGAAGAUUGACAAUGAGGUGUCCUAUAUUUAUUUAUUCAAGCCCUACCUAAAUAGUUUGUAUUGAAAUCAUUACUGAUUAUGAAUUAGAAUAGUUUUUAACAUUAUUACUAUGCUCCAUGUUUGUAUAAUGUAAUCGUCCAAGUUAGUAAAGUCCUGGAAAAAGACAGUAUUAUAUUCAUGUAAAUGGACGCUACAAAAUAAACCUUUGAGUAUAUAUUCAAUAAAAUAUUUAUUAUCAACUUA